AUGCAGACCACUAUUGAACUGAUGUUCUCGAGUCUUUUUCGAUGGCCGUCGGCGUCUCUUACACCGCAGGAGGAGUUUAAAAAGCUACACGCAACGCUGAGUACGCCGCCGCUGCUGCCUUCCUCUGCCGCCUCUCGCGCCGACGACUCAAUCGACGCGCUCACCGCCACGGCACACAUGGUGAGGGACCCGUAUCAUCUCAUUAUCUGUCAACACGGCGUGCUCAGCACCUCCGCCGACUUCGAGAACGUCAUCACGGACCUCUUUGUGCAUCACGAGGUGAGCGUGUUCGAGGCGGCGGAGCUCGCCAAGGCUGCGGCGGACGAGCAGGCUACCACGGCAAAUGCGUCGUUCCCUCCGCUUCCCCGCACACGUACGACGACGAACGCCAAAGGCAACGGUCGGGCAUCGCCGACGGAGAGCCCAGAAGUUGCGAUGACGGAGGAGAGCAGCGCGGAAGACGACGCCGCGGGCUUGCCUUUCACCGUGCCGAACACUUCCAUGCCGACCGUGACCUUCAGCGCAAGCAGCUCUGCAUCGCCAAGGGCAGCCGUCGCCGCACACGACCUCUCCGUUGCCACAGCGCUCACCAAGCAGCAACAGCACCCGUUGUCAGCGGAUGGAACCGGUGAGAAGUCCAAUCAAACGUCGAAGGCCUGCGCCGAUCCACUCCGGCCUGACACAGCGCUCACGCAGGCGCAGCGCAGCCGCCGCGACGGCUACAAGAAGACGUUUCAGCUCACCGUGGAGCACCCAAACCGCACCAACGGCCGACUCUACCGCAGCGGCAACCUCAGCGUCUUCUCCGCCGGCUCGAACAACUACCUCCGCUCGGAUGCCGGUACGCUGGCGUGUGCGCAGAAGAUGCUCGCGGAGACGGUGCCGCAGCUGCACGCGUGGCUCGACGACGUGGAGGCGCGGGAGCGACAGCGACGUGCACGGUGGUCCGUCUACGCUCGCCUGUGCAGCACCCCCGAGUCGGCACAGCUCGCGACGGAGGCGGCCGCCGCACCGCUACCGGUGUGUCUCUCCUUCAUGGCGCACAGCUUUGGCGGCAUCAUCGAGCGGGAGUGCGUGUACCUUCUCCUCCUCGACACCACCGAGACGCGUGCGCAGAAUGCCGCACUCUACGUCGCCUUGGUGCACCUGCGCCGCCGGCUGCGCGAGAUGCACGUCCAUUUUGAGAAUUUUCUGAACGUGGCGACGCCGCAUUGCGGGACGGGGGAGUGCCUGUGGUGGCCGAUUUACUUCGGCGCAUGGUGCCUCGCAAGGCUGCGUCUCUGCCAGACCUACGACGAGCUCAUCUUGUCCGACGCCGAUCGUGUGUUGCAGACGCGGUUGCUGGAUGGGCCGCACCUGCAGGCACUGGAGCUCUUCCGCCGCCGCGUGCUGUUCGCGAACACCCAUCGCGACCUCCUCGUUGGGUUCGGCACGUGCUCCCUCAUCUUCGAGAACGUCGACACCGACCACACGAAGUUUGUGGGCGUCGCCGCGGGUGAGACGCCGUGCGCCGCCGCCUUCGCCGACGACACCAUCGAAAUAUCAAAGCCGAUUGUGCUGCGCUCGUUUGCGGAGGAGGAGGCUGAGGAAAAAGACGUGGAGUGCCGCUGCAGUGACAGCGCGGUACGCCGGCUGCGGUCCUGCGCAUCAUCGGCCGAGCGACGCACCUACACGCUACACGAUGUGGAUGCGGCGCUGGUGUUCGAAUCUGCGGCGGAUGCCGAAUCUCCCGUGAGGACGACCUCAGGGGAGGGCGAAGGUGGCGGGCGUGAGGAUGACGAAGAAGACGAACCGGCAGACGGCUCGGAGAUCAGCGACGUGGUGCAUCUCGCGCUGAAGCAUUGCGAUGUACUAUCGGGGACGCUGCGUCCGAAGCCCACCUUCUCUUCUCUUCCGGGGCUGACCGCGUCCUCUAUCUCGAUGGUCUCCGCCGCAACGGCUGGGCAAGACUCUGCCUGCGCCGCCUCCUUCACGGUUGGCCAAAGCGUACCGUCGCAUGCAAUCGAAGAAGUACCAUUGGAAAGCAUCGUGGGGUGCUGUAGCAGUUCACGCGAAGACGACGAUGACAGCGAGGAGGGCGACAGAAGUCCCACCGACACCGUAACAGCGGUGGUGGAUGCCGCUGCGAGCCCGUCAGAGGAUUUUGAGGUUGGGUACGACAGUCUUUCCAGCAUGUCAGUCUCACCUGUGUCGCUGCUGGCACGCCCGAUCUCUGUCGUAUAUGGCUCCCACAGCUGCGACGGCCACGCUCGCUACUGCCGCUACUCACCAAGCAACGCUGCGGCUGCCGGUGUUACACUGUUUGGGUCACCGCGGGGCAACGCGCAGUGGGGCUCCGACUCCGAUUCCGCGUCUUCGUCGCGGCGGAGUCGCGGCAGCCACGUGGUGUCUGUGCUGACGGACCCGCGCUGGGCCUCGGAGCACGUGCGCCACGCCGCUUCUGUCGUGCACAGCGAGGUGCGGCAGCGACUGCACACGGCUGCUGCUGUGUUGAGGCGGCGAAUUGGAGAUGCGAACCACGAUGACACUCUCUUGCCAACGGAGCGGAAGGUUGAGAGAGGUAGGGCGGUGUUCACGUCGCCGCCGGCCGCCACCAAUGAUGAUGCGACCUGCUUUGGGCCGUCGGCGUCGUCCUACCUCGUACCGUCGGAUGACAUUCCGCAGUACCGCAAGACCCCACGUGCGAUUGCAGCGCGGUUGCGCGAGAAGCUGAGCUGGCGGGUGCGAGCCGUUCGCUUUGACAAUGUGAUCCCUGUGGGGCACGUUGCUUGCUUGGGCAACUGGGCCUUCUGCGGGCGAUCGCCGCUGCUCGUGCAGUCCGUCGCGGAGGAGCUGCUCAUUAUCCUUGAUUGA